AUGGCGAUCCAAUACCUCAUUCUCCUAUCCCGUCAGGGCAAAGUGCGCCUUGCCAAAUGGUUCACGACGCUCUCUCCCAAGGACAAGGCCAAGAUUGUCAAGGAUGUGUCUCAGCUUGUGCUCGCUCGCAGAACGCGCAUGUGCAACUUUCUCGAGUAUAAGGAUACUAAGAUCGUCUACCGUCGAUAUGCUUCGCUCUUCUUCAUUGCCGGUUGCUCGUCAGAAGAUAACGAGCUGAUUACACUCGAAAUUAUUCACCGAUACGUUGAGCAGAUGGACAAGUACUACGGCAACGUUUGCGAGCUCGACAUUAUCUUCUCAUUCACCAAGGCGUACUACAUUCUCGACGAAAUCCUCCUCGCCGGCGAGCUGCAGGAAACUAGCAAAAAGAAUAUUUUACGCUGCAUCGGUCAGCAAGACUCCCUUGAAGAUAUGGAGUAUCUACCGGUACAAGACUUCGAGGCGGUGACGAGUGCACUCAACUUCAACACACCUGACUGUAAUGUCACCGGCGGAUGCGAUCUCUACACAACCAAAUCGACAGGGUCCGAUAAGAAACUUUACAAAAACAUCGACAACGACCUCAACUCUCAGCAUGAGGCUCUACUCAAGCUAGGCGCAAGCCUCUCACCACCUGAGCGCGCGCAUAUGCUGGCCACAUCACCGAGCAUGCAACUGUUUUCACACUCAAGUGCUUUCGGUCCCUUGUCAGAACUCUCAAGUCGCAAGACUUUUGCAUACCUUAUCGCGACGCUGAAUGCGAGUCACCCGCACUACGACUUCUCCCACGUUCUUCGGCCCAACGACUUUAAGCGGGAACGUAACCUUCGCCGCGUUAUGGUGAACCUCGAUUCUAUCCUCCAGAACGUCAGGCCAAAUUUUGAGCCUAAAUCUCUUGGAUCUUCCUUGGGUAGCGAGACAACUUCUAUUUGGGGCCCCCAAUGUUGGUCUUUGAUUGACAAGGAAAUGCACCUCAACGAAUGCACGAUAUUCAGCUACCAUCCCGACAACGACCCUUUUGAAGAAGAUGAGAGUGCAAUUUGGGCUUCACAUUACUUCUUCUUCAACCGAGCCUUAAAGCGAGUUGCAUAUCUUUAUGUCCGCGUGGUGCCAGUCAUUUCAUCACACAGCCCAACUCUUCGGCCCACAAAUCUUGCAAGGAACCACAGCAACCAGCAAGAAAUCGAAUCAGCUGGUGCACAGAAGCGCGCCAACUACUGGCUUGGUGACCAAGAUGCGGAGUUGGUGCCGUUUAACGAAGAUGACGAAGAGCUCAUCGACGAUGGUCUCUAUUGGAACCGCGGAGAAGAUGGAGAUCUUGUUGCCUAUUCCGACGAGGAGUUUGACGAUGAUAUCGACGACAUGGAUAUGCUCGAUGGAAGUCCUGAUAGAUUCAUGAGCGAAGAUAUUGCAGGCCGGAUGGAGAUUUAG